AUGUCAAUCUCAGAGCUUGUGGUCAAGACAACCGCAGUCAAUGAGGAGAGUGGCUAUCAUAUGUCUCGGAUUCUACUUGAUCUGACCAAGCAGGGAAUGGCAGCCAAGGGACAAGAUCAUGACACUACCAAAUCUAAACACCAGCACCGCCAAGACCCCAAAGAACAAGCACAAAAACCAACGUAUUUACAUUUCCUCGAUAAAUUCCUUCAUAACACCCCUCUAUCACCUCCCAUAGACCACAUACUCGAUUCUGACAUUUUGGGUCGCCUCACUACCACUUCCAAACCCCGAAGCAGAGCAGAAUUCCGCCAAAGCCCUAACAACCCUCCCGAUGACCCAACACACAUUAAAGGAUCGGCUAUGUCGCCGUCCGAACAACGCUGCUCUGUGCGUCCAGCCACUAUAACCCAGCUCCUCCCUUUUAUUAUAGCUUCCCCACUAACGCUGCCUCCAAGUCUGGCUAUUACAAACCUGGCUGCGAAUACCCUCGGGCGCUGGGUCGACCAGAAUGCUGCGCACUGGCUGAAUCACAUUAUGCUCGCUGUCAAUUUCAUCGUACUCGCCAGCAUUGCGGUAAGAGAAGCGCGGCGGUCGACUGGUGACCCGGGUGUUAUACGCACUGGCGGUGAUCAUCAGACUGGUUUAGGUGAGAAGGAGAGCCUUGUUGAUGCUGGGAAGGAGUAG